CCGCGCGGUGGCCCGCAUCGCGUCACGUGGUCCGCUCUGCGCCAUCAUACUCAUUAUGUUUCUGUUCGUGUAAGACUCAACAAGUCAGUUCACAGGACAGUGUGUUUUUACGCAAUGCCAAAGCACAGGAAACGUCGCAAUUCUUCGAGGGAGGAUCUAUCGAGUCCUUCUAGCAAGAAAAGACGUAGACAUCACGAGUCAACGCGGGAAAAAGCGCGUAACCCCUCCAACAGCCCGCCUAACCUCUUCGGCCACGCGCCCGGCAAUAUCUCAUCGCAGCAACAUGUAAGACUGUUAGAAACUUUUAACGAGUUUCUCGUUUUCAUGAAAAAUCGAGAGCUUCCAGCAGGAACAGCCGUUCCGCAGAAACACGACAGAUCGGCGAAUCUAGUUUCUUUGGCGGGAAUCUCGACAGAUUCAGGCGAUGUGUCUCACACUCCCGAAAGGCUCGCAGACGAACAGACGACCAGUAACGGUCGGGGCAGCGAACCAGGGAGUGCUGACGUUCUUAGUCCAGCGAGAACUAACAACGUCGUAUUUAACGAUACCAUAAUAAUGGAUACUAGCAAAACGAACGCUAUCGGAGAAACGACGGGCCCAGACUCCUUCGUCUUAGAACUGUUCGGCGAACAAAUUCAGCGGCCUCCGACCGCAUCAUGGCUACCAGGUAUUCUUAGCACUGCAAAAACCGACGUUCGCACAGGGCUUAAAAACGAGUUGAGAGACACACUCCUCGUUAAGUACGAACCGAAAGAGGAUCUGGUUUUUCUCAGCCCGCCCAAAUUAAAUGGGGAAAUUCUCCCUAACCUAGGCAGUACGGCUAGGGUUCGAGACAAGCAUCAACUGCAGGCUCAGGCUCAAGUAGGAGCAUCGCUAAACGCCAUCGGCUCAGGUUUUUCAGAUUUGGCAAAUCUUGAAAUCCUUCAGGUUUCGGAAGAAGCGAGAAAUGCAGCCACAAAACUUGCGGAGGGCAUUCGUCUCUUAGCAGAUCAUCAUUACCGCUUGUCGCAAGCAAGACGAGCAUUUAUUGUCCCAUCACUCAAUUUUUUGGCAAAAACGGUAUCAGAUGCAGCAGUGGUAGACGACUGCCUUUUUGGGGCCAACUUUGCUGAGCAAAUUAAUACCGCUCAGACGGUCGAAAAAGUCGCUCGCAAAAUGGUCAGAAAAUCACAACCACCGACACAGUCAACUCAACGCCAGAAGAAUAUACAACAAACCUAAGAGAAAAAGGUUUCCAGUCAGUAAUCUAUCUCGAUGAUUUACUGCUUUUUGGAACAUCGACCAAAGAUUGUGCGAAUAAUGUCGAUGCAUCACUGCGGUUAUUUACAUCUUUAGGUUUCCUUAUAAAUUAUUCUAAGUCUCAGUUAAAUCCGUCAUCGCGAUGUAGAUACCUCGGUUUCAUGUUUGACUCUACUCAACAGUCAAUAGCCAUACCACCUGACAGGAGACAAAAACUUCUAUCGCUAGUACGACACAUGUCGAGCAAGUCGCACUGCUCUAUUAGGAAAUUUGCGAGCUUUAUCGGAUCUUUAGUAGCAGUGUGUCCAGCCGUUAAAUACGGGCCUUUAUAUAUAAAGAAUUUUGAGCGAGAAAAAUACUUGGCUCUAAAAACCUGUUCUGGAAAUUAUUCUAAACAAAUGUAUAUUCCCUGUAAUUUAAAAGAAGAUUUUGAGUGGUGGACCAAAAUUUUUUCAAAUACCAAGCAAUUCAAUAUUGUCCGUUCAAAUCCAUUUACACGCGAAAUAUUUUCAGACGCAUCUCUAACAGGUUGGGGAGCCUCUUGCAAUGAUCAAAGUACACGCGGAUGGUGGUCACCUGACGAUAAGUCUCUCCAUAUUAAUAUUUUAGAGUUAAAAGCAGCUUUUAACGCACUAAGAUGCUUUGCAGCGGAUCUACACAGUUGUAACAUUUUACUCCGCAUUGACAACACAACGGCUCUCUCAUACGUGAAUAGAUUCGGAUCAGUUCGGUACCUCCUACUAUCACAAAUAGCCAGAGAAAUCUGGAAGUGGUGUGAGGAGAGAAAUAUCUAUCUCCACGCUUCUUACAUUGCUUCUACUAACAAUGUUAUCGCGGAUAGUGAAUCCAGAGUUCGAGAUGUAAACACGGAGUGGACGCUAUCAAAUCAAGCAUUCAAGGUGAUCGAAGAGAAGUUUGGAGAUUUUGAUAUCGAUCUUUUCGCAUCAGCAAUUAAUACAAAAAACGAUAUUUAUAUCUCGCGGUUCCCGGACCCAGGUUCAUGGACGAUAGACGCUUUUACUAUAAACUGGCAUUGCUUCUUCUUUUAUGCGUUUCCUCCAUUUAUUUUGUUGCCUAAGGUCUUACGCAAAAUAAUAGACGACGAGGCAACGGGGGUCUUGGUUGUGCCAUGGUGGCCUUCACAACCAUGGUUUCCCACCUUUCGUCACCUCUUACUUAACGACCCAAUUGUUUUUCAGCCAUCUCAUUCGCUCUUAUCAUCUCCUUUUAGGGACCAACACCCUCAGUGGAGAAACCUUUCCCUGGCAGCAGGGAAGUUAUCAGGGAAGCUUUCCAAGCUCGGGCCGUACCGGCAACAGCAUUAGACACGAUCUUAGCCUCUCUAGCUAAGUCUACAAUUAAACAAUACUCUCGCCCACUUCAAGCUUGGUGGAACUUCUGUCAAACACAGCAGAUUCAUCUAUUUUCGCCAGAAGUCAACCAAGUGUUGGAAUUUCUAACUCAAGAAUUACAAAACGCAGGAUCAUAUUCUACGCUUAACACUGCCCGCUCAGCAAUUUCUCUCAUUUCAAAUAAUAAAAUAGGCGACCAUCCUUUAAUAAAACGCUUUUGCAAAGGGGCUAGCAUUGUAAAACCUCAAAAACCCCGUUAUGAUUUUAUUUGGGAUCCAGCCCCAGUGAUCGCCAAAUUAGCAAAAAUAUUUCCAUAUGACACUAUGUCAUUAGAAACCAUUACUACAAAGCUUGUUUUGUUACUAGCACUGGGCUCAGGACAACGAGCGCAAACGUUGUCAGCCAUCAAAAUUUCGCAAAUUAUGUUCGCGACAGAGAAAGUCGUCAUUAGAAUUCCGGACCGAGUUAAGACGUCUGCCCCAGGGCGUCCGCAACCAAUACUUACCUUCGCCCGUUUUUCUGACCGCCCGAACUUAUGUAUCGCCCAUAUUUUAGAACACUAUUUACGAAUCACCAAAAACUUACGCGCAGCGCAAUGUGACAACUUAUUUAUAGCUUGCAAAAAACCUCAUAAAGCAGUUGGCGUACAAACUUUAAGUCGAUGGUUGCGCAAGGGACUAGAGGAGUGUGGAGUGCGGAGCGAGUUGUUCUCGGCCCACAGCACUCGACACGCCUCUACUUCAUUGGCAGAUAGAAAUGGAGUUACAACAGACUUAAUUAAACGUGCGGCGGGAUGGUCAGGCGAUUCCCAAAUCUUUUCAAGAUUUUAUAAGCGACCGAUUCUUAAUCCGGAAGACUUCUGUAACGCGGUUUUUUCUACAUAAACACCGUUUAGCCUUAUUUAUGUAAAC